UUUGGCCUUCCUUUGCAGAGGUGGUGCGGAGCUCCUAUUUGAUGGUGUAAAAAAACAUCAAGUCACCUUGCCUGGGCAGGAGGAGCCCUAAUGGAAGAUGGGCCAAUUCCACUCUUUAUUGAGCCUGAUAUCUGUUGAACAACUCGAAUUUGGAAAAGUUGGUUCCAGAUGGGACAUCCGGAACCUCCUCAUCUGGAUCAAGAAGAAUUUGCUAAAAGAGCGGCCAGAGCUGUUCCUCCAGGGAGACAGUGUGCGACCAGGAAUUCUGGUGCUGAUUAAUGAUGCCGACUGGGAAUUGCUGGGUGAGCUGGACUACCAGCUGCAGGACCAGGACAGCGUCCUCUUCAUUUCCACGCUGCAUGGAGGCUGAGGGCCCCUCUCUUCCUCGGCACCCUUGCAGGGGGAGAACGGAACAGACAGACAUCCCCUUGGGCCCAGCCUUCAGGUCUCCCUGUCCCUCGUGGCUGCCUUCUUCCCUGCUCUAUCCCCCAAGCUCCCUCCAGGCAGGGAAAAGAGGCCAGGUGCUAAAAAUGAGCCUUUCUCAGGCACGUGAGCAGGGGAAAGCAGGCAGUCAGGCUCCUGAGCCCAGAGCUCCUUCCCAGCAGCUGAGGUGGGGGAGGGUGCCCCUCUGGUGUGUCAGGAGCAGAGGGGGGCCGUGUGGCCAGGUGAUCCAGCUGCCUUCCAUUCCUGUCUCAGUCUGAGCACUGAGUGACUGCCAACGAGCACUCCAGGUCAUGGCCACAUUUGUGGAGAAGAUGGAUGGACCUGAAUAACUGAUGGGAAACUCCUCCCUUCCCAAAGACUGGAGGAGUCUCCGCCUCAGUUUCCCCAUCUGGACAGCAGAGGGCUCUGUCUGUCCCCCACUGAUAUCAUUAUGGAACCCCAGCUGGGGUCCCCUAUUCAAUACUGACUCCCUCCCCCUCACCCAGCAGCUGCUGUCCCAGCCACACCCCUCCUCCUGCUCCCCCCACCCCCAGCCCUUGACCCUGGCUGGCCUCCCCCACACACACAGGCCACCAGAUGGGCUCCUGAGACCCUCACCAUGCUGUCUAUAGUUCAUUCUUCUGUGGGUGGAGAAGAAGAGGAAGUAGCCCAACCUCCGAUUAGCCAAUAGAGGCCUGGGGGGAGGGUUUCAAUCUGCCUCAGUUUCCUUCUCUACACUAACUGAAUAUUCAUAAUACCUGAAAGCCAAGGAGAUAUAUGAUGGCACAGAUGUAAAGUCUAUGUCCCUUCCCACCUCCUGCAGAAAGCAGGGUCGGAGCAAGCAGCACCUGGUAGGCAGAGGGGUUUACCCCCUCCCUCUGUCUGUUUUGGAAGUCUGGGGUCCUUGGGGCCUGCAACAGCUGGCCUUGAGCAAAUAAAAGACUAGGGUUGUUUACUAGCCUUGCUUGGAGCUUCUUCAUCCUCAGAAAUGGGUGGCACCCCAGUUCCCCCUACCAAAGCCUCUGUCUGAUAUGACCUCUCUAUCCUCACCUAGGGCUCUCAGCUGCGCUUUAACCAAAAGGCUAAAACUCAAGCUACCCCAGAGGGGGUAGUCUGAUAGGACUAUCUGGAAAAGGAGGUGCAGAGCCAGUCUGUGCUGACCAGUCUGAGUCCCAGGACAUCCCCACUGGUCUGUCCAAGGCCAGGCUUUGUCCCACCAGCUGCAUUCAGCAGCCCCAGAACCCAGAAUGGGAGUGGCAUAGAUGAGAGUCCCCUCUCCUUCCCGUGAUCUGGAAGAAAGAGCUUUGUCUGCUGAAGGGAGACCUCAAAAAAGAAUUAGGGCACUAUCAUCCCACCCCAAACAUUGCUUUUCUUUAAAUGUCAGUGAUUUCAGGUGGAAUUUCUCCCCCUGUGGAGACGAAAGUGCCCAGUGUCCCAGCUGUGUUGGGAAGAAUGUCGGGUACACAUCGUUAGAGAACAGAUGACCCCUGGCUGGUGGACUUCUCCCCAGUCCUGCUGCAGUGGAGGCCCUCUAGGCAUGUGUGGGUGGGAGCAUCCAUGUUGGGAUUACUGGUCCAGGCAAUACUGGGUGCAGAUUAAGGCCAGCGUUGGGUCUGAACGCUGUCCAGAGAGGCCGCAUGACCGGCCCUCAUUAGGUGCUGAGGUCAGAGUCUCCAUAUUAGGGAACAGAGUAAGGGACUUGUAAUGGCCCUCACAGUCUCACUUUUAGAGGGUCAGCUUGUCUAAAUUCUUGUAACCUGAGGGUCCCUCCCUUUCUCCCAUUAGGGAGCUUCAGGAAUGGCCUGUCCCACUUUCCUGGAACUGACCACACUAGGGUUCCUUUCUGCUGCCUGCAAAGGGUGUGGAAUGAUAUAUGUGGGGUAUCCCAGCCUCCACCACACCCCAGUUACUGCGGAGCAGGAGAGGGGCUGGAGAAAUCGGGUGCUCCCCACAGCUGAUGCCAGCGCCACCAUGGAAAUUGGCCAGGGAUAAGGCACUCCAGAUCAUUUCAGGUCAUUUUUAGCCUAUAGCCCAAAAGGGGUCAGAGACAGGUGACACUGGCUCAACCCAACAGCUGCCAGUGGUUCUCCCAUGCAACUCCCUGACCCCAACUUUUGAGGAAAUAAACGAAUAAAUAAACCCCA